AUGUCUCACCUGCCUGUGUCCUUUCAAUCAUACAAGCUAGAAAAUGGCAAAUUUAUCUAUUACCCUAAAUUUAACUUAGAUAAUGAUAUUAAGAAUAGUGAUGAUUGCUUUAUUCUUUUUACAGAUGAAAAAAUUCCAACCGAAUUAAAAAAAUUCUUAGAAGACUUUGCGAAUACUAACGAGAUCAUAACAUUUACUACAAGAAUACUUGAUUUCACCAAGAUAAAAAAAAUUAUUCUACAAUUAUCUUGUUUAGAUAUUAUUGAAGUACGUAAUAUACUAUUGGUUAAAAACUUAAUGAUACUAAAAUGGCAUACACUUUUUAUUAAUUUUAUAAAUAAAAAUUUAAGUUUUAAUAAAAAUAAUAGUAUUACGAAUUACAAUAACUCUUUUGCAAAAUUUGGAAUAUUAUUAUGCUUAAAAUCAAUUCAUUCAAUUGAAUAUUACUCCAUUCAAAGACUUUUAAUUGAGAUACUACAAUUUAAAGCCAAAACUGGAUUAAUUCAAGGUACUGAAGAACUAAGUGUCGGGAGGUUCCAAGUUUUAGUUAAUAUGGUUAAAGAUCAAAUUUCCAAGGAUUUUUUAGAAUUUCAAAAUAAAUCGAAAGAGUAUUAUAUUGGGAAAGUCCCUUAUGAUCUUAAAAUUUAUUUAACUGAACAUGAAUUGGAAUUUGUAGAAAUUUUUAAAAAUUUUGAUAAAGAUAUUAAUAAUUUUAAUUGUAUGGUUAUCAAUGAGCUAAAUUUGGCGACCAAUUUUGAUGUUGAACUAAAAGGCAUUCUACUUAAAUUAAAAGCAGAUAUAUCCAAUAAAUUUCCUAAGAAACAAGAGCUUUGUAGCAUUCAACCGGAUCAAACUUUAAAAAAAGUUCUGGAUAAACCAUUCAAAAUAAUACAGCUUUCUAAUCAAAAUCAAUUAUCAAAGAAUUUUUGGAAACGCUUUGAAAAAUUCAACAAUGACGUUUUCUUUAUAACUUGCUUAUUAUUAAAUUCCUUGGCAAACGUAUUGGAAGAACGAGAAACAGGAAGUCUUUCUCUAUUUUAUAUAAUUAACUUAUUAGUAAUAAUUAUGGGUAUAUUUGUACUAGAGAAAACUUUUGCAACAUUUUUGAAAAAUUAUUCCAAUAUAUUAAGAGUAAAGGAUUGA